CUGUAAUCUACUGUUCUGUCUCAAGUUAUUUAGAAAGGCUAGAAGUCUUCCCAUGUUUUUUGAAAUCACAAAAGUUAUUUUUUUGCCAGAUAAAGAGAUAUUUGACUACAAUAGACUAUCUUCUAAUAUUAAAGCAUAUGAUCAGUUUCAGUUUUAAUCCCAAGCGAUUUUUUCAUGAUAUAAUGUUAUGUACGUGAUCAAUUUAAAUGGGAAGCUGUUCAAUUGCAGCGGAAUAGCGGAUGUUUAAAUAUUUUGGUUGCGUCACUAAACUUUUCAAGAAGCAGUGCGCGCCGUCCGCGUUUGUGAAUAGAGACGGAACAGAACCGAGCAUGAACGAGAGAGAGCUGGGCGACAAGGAGACCGUACAAAACAAGGAAUCUUUCACUUCAUUCGGAGAGAGGGAACUGAUGAGUCAGAGGGGAGGAUAGAUGAGUGACAGACACUACUAGUGGGUUCCAGACACACAAAUCCAAAUCAAGAAGGUACAUUCAGCUUCCUCUCGUCACAACAUGUUGUUCCCUGAACAUUUCAUAAAGGCUCCUGAUCCACUGCAGAGCCCAGGUCUCAGUACCACCAUAGAAGUUAUCGCAGUAUGAACCGAGCUUUCAACAGGAGAAAAGAUAAAUCUGGAGGGAUGACAGCCCCAGAGGCUUUGGCCAAGAAUCACAUAGUGUACAAAGUCAAGUUCCUUGGCGUAACAGAGGUUGACCAACCAAAAGGCACAGAUGUCAUAAGGAUAGCAGUGAGAAAGCUGAAGUUCCAAAGGCAUAUCAAGAAAUCAGAGGGACACAAAACACCGAAGGUGGAGCUGCAGGUGUCCAUCUACGGAGUGAAAUUAUUAGACCCCAAGACCAGAGAUGUACAGCACAACUGUCAGCUUCAUAGGAUAUCCUUCUGCGCGGACGACAAAACCGACAAGAGGAUAUUCACCUUCAUCUGCACAGAGCCAGAGACCAAAAAACACAUCUGUUAUGUGUUCGACAGUGAAAAAUGUGCAGAGGAGAUCACCGUCAGCAUUGGUCGAGCAUUUGACCUGGCGUACAGGAAGUUUCUGGAGUCUGGCGGGAAAGACGUGGAGAUGAGGAAACAGAUCGGCAGUCUGCAGAAAAGAAUUCUGGAACUGGAAACUGAAAAUUCCAAGUUGAAAGAACGACUUCAAGAUCUAGAGGAUCACAUGGCAGAUUGUCAAGGCUCACCGCUUCUACACUUGAACUCUUCUAACGAGGCCCACAUGCUGCCGAGUCCCACAUCUAUGUUCUGGGGUGACAGUGUCAGCCUGAACGCCCUUUCCUUUCUAGAGAUGUCCUCUGUGGCUCUAACCCCAGCCAGCUCUCCAGACUCCAGUAUCUCCGCUGGUCUACUAACACCGCCACCCAGUAAACCUACCCAGCCCAGGCUACCGCAGCAUUAUGGAGGUUGCUUACUUCCACCCAGUAAACCUACCCAGCCCAGGCUACCGCAGCAUUAUGGAGGUUGCUUACCUCCACCCAGUAAACCUACCCAGCCCAGGCUACCGCAGCAUUAUGGAGGUUGCUUACCUCGACCGCGAGCAUGGAGCACCAUAUCCAGGCGUCCCCCGACGGACGUUUUCGACAUGGUUCCAUUCUCCUCAGGGUCUCCUAUGGCAAGGAAACCUGCCAUCAAUGGGUCCUCUCCUCCUCCUCCCUCCUUUUCCCCUCCUCCACCUCCUCCACAUGUUUUCCUGAGAGAGAGAGGAACAGAUAUUUUGGGGGCGGAGCCUUUUGACCCGUUCCUCUGCAACACGUCCUUUCCUCCUGACGUCCAAUCUAAACUGGAUGAAAUGCAGGAGGGGUUCAAUAUGGGACUAACCCUGGAGGGCACCAUCUUCUCUCUGGACCCAGUGGACAGUCGCUGCUGACCACACCGCAACCCUAACAUGGACAGUUGACGCUGACCACACCGCAACCCUAACAUGGACAGUUGACGCUGACCACAACAUGGACAGUUGACGCUGACCACAACAUGGACAGUUGACGCUGACCACAACAUGGACAGUUGACGCUGACCACAACAUGGACAGUUGACGCUGACCACAACAUGGACAGUUGACGCUGACCACAACAUGGACAGUUGACGCUGACCACAACAUGGACAGUUGACGCUGACCACAACAUGGACAGUUGACGCUGACCACAACAUGGACAGUUGACGCUGACCACAACAUGGACAGUUGGACAGCUGACCACAACAUGGACAGUUGACGCUGACCACAACAUGGACAGUCGACGCUGACCACAACAUGGACAGUCGACGCUGACCACAACAUGGACA